ACGGGAUUUCCCAAGAAUGGUGAAUUUCUCUGUUGACAUUUUGGCCAUUCGUGGCAGAUUUUUUGGAGGAAAAAUAGUGAUCUAUUUGUGUUAUUCUCUCUGUUCUGUAUAUUUCCUUUGAUCUAUUUCUCAUUGUUGUACUAAUCUUCAAAUCUUAGUGUUGUAAUCUGUGAGAUAAAAGUGGAGAUGUCGAAGAAAAAUCCAUUGCUUUCCUCAGCCGCGCUGACCUUUGACGACUUCACCCACAAUGCCCGGUUGAUGCCUGCUGCUGCACCUGUUCCAGUAGCAACUGUCGUGCCGGACGUACAAGGAUCACGAGGACACUCAGAGGAGCCCAAGGAGGAAAUUCGACCGGCUCUGUUUGGAUCACCGCCACCACCUGUUGCCACUGAAGCCUUCAGUGACAUCAGCUUGGAGCCGACUGCUGAGCAGCAGGGAUCCUUUCUGGGAGCAUCGGAGCCCCAGCUUUACAAUCCCCUGCAGGGCAUUGAUCCCUACGGGAGCAACGCGAAGCCGCCCAGCGUUCAGGGUGGAGAGUCACUGUUCAAUCCUCUUGCUCAAGCGGCUCAACUGAAGGAGUCUCUGCAGCAUAUUCCCUCAGUGGCGUCCACAGUCUUCUCCACCUUCUCGAGCAUCCUCAAAGGUGGCGAAGGAGCGCCAGGUCAGCAAGAAAGUACUGGAGAUCCUCCUCCAAACACGUACAAGAGCCCACUGGACGCAAUCUAUGAGCAACAAGUGCUGAAUCCGGCGGAACAAUCACAAGCAUCUCCGCUGCUCUUCUCGCCCGAAGAUCCCUCAAUCCCGGCUUUCUCCCACGGACAAGCGCCACCACCAGCAGGGGGAUCGACAAACACUUUCCGCCUCGGUGGCAACAAGAAGAAGAUUUACGCUCCUGUUCCUGGGCUCUCGAGUGGGGGUUUUUCCCAAGCAGAAGUACCGGCAUUUUCUCAAAAGCCCCAAAAUUUGCCUCCCCUUCCGGAACCAAGACCAUCACCGAAGCCUUCACCAACGCCUCCACCUGUGGCCUUCUUUCCAACGCCACAAGCAGCUCCUUAUCAAAAUUCCGGUGGAUUUGAGCAAGUGAAUUCAAGCAUUCCAGUCCCUCAGGAGCAACCGCAGCAGAGCCAGAGUAAAUUCUCUCUGUCGUCAUUCUUCUCGGCUCCGCUUUUGGAUCGAUUCCAGGGCAAAACCAGUGCCCAGAACGAACCAGUGGUAGCUGAAAUAUCAUCCGUUGACUCUGUUCAGCCAGCUCAGAACUUUCAAGCACCACCUCCAGUUCAGCCGCCACAGCUGAUCAAUCCGCAAUUAUUCAACACAAAUCCUAUAGCCGGAGAGUCUCAGAACGCGCCUUUUGCUGUGGGAUUUCCGCCUGUAGUAAAUCAGCAAUCAAUUGAUCCUCCUCCUGUGAGUCAGAGUGCAUUUUUCGGAGCACCACCAGUUGCUUCGACACAUCCUCCACCGGUGAUUCCAGCAAAUCCUUCACCGGUGAUUUCAGCAUAUCCUCCACCGGCAGAAGUUCCAACUGCGCCACCAACAAACACUGCCAACCCUUUUGGAGGGUAUCGAUUGGCUAAGAAGACUCCAUCGUACAAGAACGCUCUGAUUCCAGAGACUAAGACGAACUUCUUCGUGCCAGAGACAUCGCCUACCGCCCAAUCUGUGCCAGUGAACUUCUUCACACCAGCGGCUCCAGUUCCAGUAGUGACUCCUAGCGCACCAGCACCUCAGACUGAAGCAAACUACUUCACGCCAGCGGCUCCAAUUCCAGUAGUGACUCCUAGCGCACCAGCACCUCAGGCUGAAGCAAACUACUUCACGCCAGCGGCUCCAGUUUCAGCUCCAGUUCCAGUAGUGACUCCUAGCGCAUCAGCGCCUCAGGCUGAACCAAACUACUUCACGCCAGCGGCUCCAGUUCCAGUAGUGACUCCCAGCGCACCAGCGCCUCAGGCUGAACCAAACUACUUCACGCCAGCGGCUCCAGUUUCAGCUCCAGUUUCAGUAGUGACUCCCAGCGCACCAGCGCCUCAAGCUGAACUGAAGACUGAAACGAAAGUAUCAUCGCCAACAAUCUUCAAGUCCACUUCCGAACCUGUGGCCUCUGUGCGUCCUGAUCAGGCAUUCUUUCUGCCCAAGAGUCCCACGGAGACUGAGAAGAUUCCGUACGCGCCAGAAGCGUCAAGCAUUGAUCAAUUGUGUACGGAAUUGGCGGAGACAAAAUUGCCGCAAGUGUCUCAAACCGCGAGCUUCUUCGGCAAUCAGACGGCAACUAAUUGGUUUGACACCAAUCAAAACACCCAAUUGGCUGGCGAUCAUACCACAGUUGAUGAGGACGUGAACAAGAAUCAGACAGACAUUCACGCCAGCUUCUUUGACUGUCCGCCGGAGUUGAAGCCAGACCAGGCGCAGCCCAGCUUCUUUAGCUUCCCAAAGCCAUCGGUUGACGACGUGAGCAUCAACAACAACUCGCUGAUUGUUGAGAAGUCCUCAGUGGACGACAGCAAGGUGUCCCUAGCGUCAUUUCCCUCCAACGAACGGGAGCAACAGCCUGUGUUUUUGUGUGGAACAGUAGUGCCCAACGGAAGGGAGCCCACGAGGGAGACUUUCCCAGAGAGUCAAUCGAUUGUUGAAGAGCAGCCCUUCAAUGCUAAUCUGCUAGACACAACGACUUCAAUGGCAACAUCGAAAUCAACUCCAACUGGCCAGGAGCCAGGCAAGUCCGUGACAGAUGCUGCAGCGCCGAGUGGCUCUUAUCGACCGGUGUACAAGCACUGGUUCUACAAGCAGAAGGUCGAGGGCAAGGAUGUUUGGACACCUUUCUCCAUGACAGACUCUCUGGCACUCGAGGAUGCCUUAACGUGUCCUACGGCAGACAAUGCUGUCAUUGCCACGGACGGUGGGCGUCACGAUGUGAGCAUUGCGGAGAGGACACGCACAGCGAUCUACUGGUCGGCAGAGGUGAACGAAGUGCGGCGAUGUUCGUGGUUCUACAAGGCUGUAGAUUCGCGUUUCGUGCCGUACGAGGAGGAGACAGCUGACUAUCUGGAGGAGGAGUACAAGAAUGCGUUCGCCACGGGUUCCUGGCACAAGCAACUCACACUGCCCAAUGGAGAAAUGGUGAAUUUCCAUGGUCCGAAUGUGAUGGUGCACUUUCUGCAGGCCCAGACGCCGGACGCUUGGGGGAACACACCACAAGUGACCAACAGGCCGAGAGUGGUUAAAAGGGGAGUGGAUGAGUUCAACAUUGAGGAUGGAGAGCCUGAGCAGAUUGACCAUGUGCUGUUUGUUGUGCAUGGGAUUGGGAAGGCGUGUGAUUUCAAGUUCAGAACUGUUGAAGAAGUUGUUGAUGAAUUCCGGAAUAUCGCCUUGCAAAUGGUUCAGUCACACUACAGAUCAUCUUAUGAUGCUGGAGAAAUUGGGCGUAUUGAAGUGUUGCCCAUUUCAUGGCAUAGCGAAUUACACUCGGAAGAGUCUGGAAUCGAUGCCAAGUUAAAAUCCAUCACACUUGAGUCAAUUCCCAAGUUGAGAAACUUCACAAAUGACACUCUCUUGGAUGUGCUCUUCUACACUAGUCCCAUCUUCUGCCAGAGCAUCAUGGACACCGUCUGUGGCUCAGUGAAUCGCUUGUAUAAGCUCUUCUGCGAGCGCAAUCCUUCUUACCAUGGCGGAGUCUCGUUGGCCGGGCACAGUCUUGGCUCUCUCAUCCUCUUUGACUUGCUGUGCCAUCAGAAAGCGCCCAGUAAUGAGCAUGAGAUGGAGAACUCAGAAAAUCCAGACCAGGCGAAUGUCACAACGCCCACGGAACCCUUCCUGAGGCCUGAAAAGCAAACAGCACAGCAGAUAAAUUACACAAUGGGACCAGCAGGAACAGGACAACCAUUCAUAAACUACCCACAAUUGGACAUUCGGCCGAAGAACUUCUUCGCCUUUGGAUCGCCCAUUGGAAUGUUUGUUACAGUCAGAGGAAUCGAUACGCUGGGUCUGGACUUUAAACUGCCCACCUGCGACGGCUUCUACAAUAUCUUUCAUCCAUAUGACAUUGUGGCGUACAGAAUUGAGGGUCUGGUGAAUGCUGACCUGAGCUCUCUUCGUCCUGUUCUCAUUCCCCAUCACAAGGGCAGAAAGCGGAUGCAUUUGGAGCUCCGUGAGACGAUGGUUCGUGUUGGUGGAGAGAUUAAGCAGAGGAUCUUCGACACUUUCCGCUCCACCGUGGACACGGUGACGCACAUCACAAGCUUAGGCAGGACAGAUCCACAGGCGAUCAAGUGUGAGGUGGACAAAGUGCUGGAGGAGCAACUGCAUUUGGAUGAGACGCAGAGGGAGAUCAGCGGCGCAGGGAGUUCUUCUGGGGGCAGCGAUUGUGACACUGGAGAGACGGAUCUGCCAUUGGGGAGACUCAAUCAGGCGAGGAGGAUCGACUAUGUGCUUCAAGAGGCGCCCCUGGAGUUCUUCAACGAGUACAUCUUUGCCCUCACGAGUCACGUUUGCUACUGGCAAUCUGAGGACACGAUUCUGUUUGUUGUGAAGGAGAUCUAUUCCUCACUGGGUGUUCAGACGGAUAACAAAGUACCCCAGCAGAGCCUCACCAUCGAGAGACCAACAGCGAGCCUUCCGGCGCGAUAAAGCGUCCGGAAUAUUUAUUUAUAUGGAUAUUUGAAGAGAGAAAUAAAGAAAACCAUCAAUGUUUA